AGAGGAAGUGGCUUCUCCCCGACCCCGGCGCGUGCAGAUGGGGGGAGCCAGGCUCCGAGCAGCGGGCCCCCCGAGGACAGGGAGGCCUGGGGGCCCGGAACGGCCGCAGGGGCGGCGGCAGCAGCAGCUGCUGGGGAAGCAGUCGGCGCCGUGGCCCAGGCCGCGGAGCCAAGAGAAGAAGAGAGUGAAUUGCAAGCCCAAGAACCAGGAUGAGCAGGAAAUCCCUUUCCGUCUCCGGGAGAUUAUGAGGAGCCGCCAGGAAAUGAAAAACCCCGUCAGUAACAAGAGGAGGAAGAAAGAGGCCCAGGCGGCCUUCAGAAAGACGCUGGAGAAGGAGGCGAGGGGAGUGGACCCAGACAUCGCGGUCCCCAAGUUCAAGCAGAAGAAGUGGGAGUCCGACGGCGCCUACAUCCAGCGCAUGGAGCAGGAGGCCCAGCACGUGCUGUUCCUCAGCAAAAACCAGGCGGACCAGCAGCCUGAGGUGCAGGUGGCUCCCAAGAAGAAGUCCGAGGGGAAGAAAGCGUUCCAGAAGCGGCGGCGGGAUCGAGUCCGGGAGAAGAGACAGGAGAAGGCAGCGGAGAGGCUGGAGCGGGAGCUGCUCCGAGACACCGUGAAGUUCGGUGAGGUCGCCCUGCAGCCCCCUGAGCUGACCGCCAAGCCCAGGAAGAGCGUGAGCACCGGCCAGCCUGGCAGGAAAUCCCUGAUGCUGGCGAUGCUUUUGCGCCCUGGCGGUGUGUCCCAGCCCCCACCCACCUCCAUGGCCCGACAGCGGAUUGUGGCAGAGGAGAGAGAGCGGGCUGUGCAGGCCUACAGGGCGAUAAAGAAGCGGCAGCAGCAGGGGCCUCAGUCAGCCCAUCUCCCUCCCAGGAAGAAGCCAGAGACCUGCCUUUGAGAGACGAGGGUUCCUGCACAGGGUGGGGGGGAGGGGCAGGGGGUCCCCAAAUCAGUCCUUUCCCUGGAUGCCCCCCUGGGACACAGCCUGGUGCACCAGCUCCUGAGUUCGGGAAAGGGCUCCACCCUCUGCUCUCAUUUUUCCUCCCUGAAGACCACUCUUUCCCAUGAGAUCAUCCGCCAGGCCCGUGUUCCAGGGGACAUGACCUGUGCCGAGUUCCCAUAGAAGGGGCCAGUGCCUGGAUGAGUCCCAGCCAGUCACACCCGACACCGUUCCCGAGCCUAGCGUCACCCUCAACUGUUCUGUACACACAGGUCCAGGCCGAGACAACCACGGGCCAACCCCAUAACCAUAAUCCCAACCCCAGGUGCCAAGUGACUGUAGAUGCUGUGGACUCAGGUCAACCAAAUCCAUCGCAGGCUCCCGGGGUUCGCCAGUGCAGGGGGGCAGGGGCAGGACCAUGAGGGUUGGUCGGCAUCUACACCGCCGGCUCCCGGUGCCAGUUUAGUCCCCACAGAGGCAGCUGGAGUCCGCCCAGGCCUUGGUUCUGAUGUGGAGCCCAAUGACAGCUCCGCCCCAAGGGGCAUGGCAACAGGGAGUCUUUCUCACCGGAGCCACCAGGCAGCUGUCAGUCCUCCAGAGACCUGGUACCUUUCGACACUGACCUGGCCUGGGCUCCCGGCUCAGGUGCAAAGUGCCCUCUCCCUGCCUGUGGUAGGAGUGGUUUCUAUCGGAGACCACUGUUCCCUCUGGUGGGGGUGGUACUUAGAGACCAACGUCUGGGUUCUAGGAAUGCGGAUGCUGAGAUAUCGUUUCUAGACCAUUUUUGCAGACAGGCCUUAGGAAUAUACUUUUAAAAAUGUAUAUAUGUAACUUAAAAGUUCUGAGUUUAUAGAUAUUUACUAUUAAAUUUUAAUAUUUUAAGUUUUA